AUGAGCGCCGCCGACGACAAAAUGUACAUCUCCUACAACAACAUCCACCAGUUGUGUCAGGAGGCUGCCGACACCAUCAAGGAGUUCAACCCUGACCUCAUCAUCGCCAUUGGGGGUGGUGGGUUCAUCCCCGCGAGAAUGUUGAGAACUUUCCUCAGACAACCCGGCCAACCCAACAUCCGGAUCAUGGCCAUCAUCCUCUCGUUGUACGAAGAAGUUGCCGGCUCGUCGGUGGAGACCGUCGGCACCGAGGUCGUCAGAACCCAGUGGAUCGACUACCACCAAUCCAACAUCGACUUGGUGGGCAAGAACGUGUUGAUCAUCGACGAAGUCGACGACACCAGAACCACCUUGCACUACGCCGUCUCCGAGCUCAAGAAGGACGUCGCCGAGCAGGCCGCGGCCAAGGGUGCCGACCCCAACGACACCAAGUUCGGGAUCUUUGUCCUCCACGACAAGCAAAAGCCCAAGCGCGCCGACUUGCCCAAGGAAAUCAUGGACAGCACCUACUUUGCCGCCCGCAAGGUGCCCGACGUGUGGAUCGCCUACCCCUGGGAACUGAAGGACAUUGUUUACCACACUAAGCGGGCGAUCGAACAAGGCAACGACGUGUUCUUGCCCUCGACCACCCCCGAGUAA